AUGAACAAUCAAUUCUCUUCAUUUCAAUCUGGUCAACAAAAUCCUUUUGGAACUCCAAACAAUACUACACAACCUCAAUUUGGUACAAAUUCUUCAUUCGCUGGAUUUAAUACUAACCAAACGUCGGGAACAACUAAUCCGUUCAAUUCUACUGGAAGUUCAGUCUCAGGAGCAAAUAACCCUUUUGCUACUACUCAAAACAAUACAACAACUCCUUUCACAACAGGAACAACUAACCCAUUUAAUACUACUAACAAUACUACUAACUCAACAACUAAUCCAUUUAAUACUAAUACUACAAGCACCAACAAUCCAUUUAAUACAAAUACUACUAAUAAUCCAUUUAGUACUAAUAACACUACCAAUGGAACAACCAAUUUAUUUAAUCAAACUCCUUCUUCUAAUACUAUAACACCAGGAAAUAAUACAACUACUACAACAGGAAGUAAUCCAUUUGGUAAUUUCACUACCACUAAUAAUACUACCUCCAGUACAACUUCAACAGGAACAACCAUCACAACAGGAAGUAAUCCAUUUGGUAAUUUCACUCCCUCAAACUCAGCUCCAACAACAGGAAAUAAUACAACAGGAACAACUACCACAACAGGAAAUAAUACAACUUCAACAGGAAGUAAUCCAUUUGGUAAUUUCACUACUUCAAACUCAACUACCACAACAGGAACAACAACUACAACAGGAAAUAACACAACUACAGGAACAACCACAACAACAGGAAGUAAUCCAUUUGGUAAUUUCAAUACAAAUAAUACCACUUCUAAUGCUAGUACAACUCCAACAACAGGAAGUAACCCAUUUGGUAAUUUCACUACCUCAAACACAACUCCAACAACAGGAACAACCACAACAACAGGAAGUAAUCCAUUUGGUAAUUUCACAAAUACUAUUACUUCUAGUGCUACUACACCAAAUACAACUGGAACAAACACAAGUAAUCCAUUUGGUAAUUUCACAAGUAGCACUACUAACACUACCACAACAAAUGGAUCAGGAAAUCCAUUUGGUACAAAUAACUUGUUGAAUAGCUCCACAACUGGUAUUCAAACAAAUGGGAAUCAACCAACAACAAAUGACAUUCAAAGCUCUAUACAAAAAGAGGCAGAACUAUUGUUUUCUCGAGCAAAGACAUUAGGGUUAGAUGAUUGUAUUGAAGAAUGGAACAAAGACUUACAAAGUGAUGCCAAACGAUUCCAAGAAAUAUCAGAAAAGAUUAAGGCACAGAAUGAAUCUAUUAUGAAAGCAGAAAAGGAAAUUGAAGAGCUUAAAAAAUUUGUUCAACAAAUGAGUGUUGUGAAAGACCAAAUGAUUGAUGUAGUCACACAAAUAGAAAAACAACAAAUAGAAACAGAAACACAUAUCAAAGAGAUUCAAAAUAAACAUCCUGGCUCAUCUGGAACAACAAAGAAUGUGGUACAAACUGUCAUUGAUACACUUGAUAGUUUAGAAGGAAAAUAUAAAGAAGUCAAAAAACAAAUUACUAAUCACAAUUAUGCAGAAGUAAAAGAAGGAGAAAAUAAAGAGUGUGUUCAAAUUAUUCAAUUAUUAAAUGCUCAUAGAAGAGCACUUGAUUGGAUGGAAAGAAGUACUAAUGAACUUAAAGAUAAUAUAGAUGACAUUGCUCAAGAUAUUAUUCAAUAA